AAUCAGACUGAUUCAAAAGAGAUAUCCUCGGUGGUUGACAGGCAAAUGGAUUCAGAAGGAAAUAAAGUUGCACCAUUGUACCAAAGAGUAUUGACAGCUCUGAUCAUUGAUGAUCAAACUGAUGAAGAAACUGUGGGAGAUGGAAAUAUGUCUUUUCUGUGUGAAAGAGAUGAUUCACCUCGGGUGGCUUGCUUCUCUCAGGAUGUCGAGAACCAAUCAAGUAUCAGGACUGAAUAUGGAUUCAACUCUGACAAUAUUUCUUGUCAUGGGAAUGGUACCUUUACUAGUGGCACAAACAUCCAUGAUCAUGAACUUGAUGGUUUUUUGCAAGUGGAUCAGGGAGCAUUGCAUCCAGAAACUAACAGGUUGCCUUUGUUAUCUGAAAAUGAUGGUGGUGGGUUAAUGGGUAUGCAUAGAAUUUCUUGUUCAUCAUCUGUCAAUAGCCAUUUUGAGCAAAUGAGUAUGGAGGAUAAACUCUUACUGGAGCUGCAAAGUGUUGGCCUAUAUCCAGAACCUGUGCCUGAUCUCGCUGAUGGAGAUUGUGAAGCUAUUGAUCAAGAUAUUAUUCAAUUACAGAAGGGACUCUUCCAACAGGUCAAUAAAAAGAGAGAGUACUUUAUGAAGCUUACUCAAAGAGUAGAAGAAGGAAGGGAAAUGGAACAACAAGCCCUCGAGCAAGUUGCUAUGGAUAAACUUGUUGAGUUGGCUUAUAAGAAGAAGCUGGCCACCCGUGGAAGUACUGCUGCAAGAAAUGGACUUUCUAAGGUUUCAAGGCCAGUUGCUUUGGCUUUUAUGAAGAGGACUCUUGCUAGAUGCAGGAAAUUUGAGGAAACCGGAGAAAGUUGCUUUUUGGAGCCUGUCUUUAAAGAUGUCCUAUUGGCUGUUCCCAGUCAUGACAAUUAUGCUGGCUCGGUUGCUGCUGUAAAUAUACCGCUUACUCAAAAUUCUCAGCAAGAAUCUGCACCAUCAGGUUUAUUUCCUUGCAAGGAGCAGGAUGUGUUUGGAAAUCUGGAUCAUCCCUCCGACCAGGAUUUUCCCAGGACUGGACCAAUAUUAAACAGAGGGAAGAAAAAGGAACUGCUACUUGAUGAUGUUGGUGCUAGUGCUUCUUUGAGAUCUGCAUCAAUUCAAGCUAAUUGUUUCACGGGUGGAGCAAAGAGAAAGAGGAGUGAAAGAGAGAGGAGGGACAGAGGCACUUCUGGAAGAAAUUCUGUCACGAAAGUUGGUCGUUCUUCUGCAGGGUAUUCGAGGGGUGAGCGUAAAACAAAAGCAAAACCCAAACAGAAGGCAGCUCAAGUAUCUACUUCUGGAAAUGGAUCUCUUAGCAAGUUGACGGAAAAUACGAACUCUGAGCAUCAAUUGGCUUGUGGUGGCUCUAAUGAAUUGAUUUCCAUAGAACUUGGUGUAGCUAAUGAAUUCAAUGGGAAUCAAGACCUGGACUUUUGGUCAAACAUUGAAGAAGAUGAUACGUUGGGCCUAGCCAUACCAAUGGAUGAUCUGUGUGAGUUGAACAUAGGUCUAUGAAGACCAAUGUAGGAUACCAGCUGCUUAUACAAUUCUUGCCUCUCAUGAUUGGCACUUGUAAUUAUGCCCAUUCUUUUUUUAUUACUUAUCAUUAUUUACAAUACCGCACUUGUAAUUAUGCCCAUUCUUUUUUUAUUACUUAUCAUUAUUUACAAUACCAAAGAUAGGGGCCCAAAGAAAGGGUUAAAGAAAAAGAAGGAUAAUGUAGUCUUCAAUUGUUCAUAUGAUCCUUAGGUUGUAAGUAGUACAUU